AUGGAAGACGAAGACACAGGGACUGGCAAUGUUCGUGUUGUGUGCAGAUUCCGCCCUCUAAACGAAAAAGAAAAAGCUAUCUCCAUGCAGGUUUGCGUGAAUUUCAGCCCGGACAACAAAACUGUCUUAGUUCGCACCUCUGAAGGUGGUGAGCCCACCAAAUUCAAUUUUGACUACGUUUUUACACCUCUUGCAACUCAGCGACAAGUCUACGAAAUUGCCGCAAAGCCGACAGUUGAAGCCAUAAUACAAGGAUUUAAUGGGACAAUUUUUGCCUAUGGACAAACAUCUUCAGGGAAAACAUUUUCAAUGACAGGGCCAGAUCUUUACGAUGAAGAGCUUAUGGGGAUUAUCCCUCGUAUGGUAAGCACUGUUUUUGAAAACAUUGUAAACGCUGAUGAACAUUUGGAAUUCCAGGUAAAAGUUGCGUACUGUGAAAUUUACAUGGAGAAGAUUAAAGAUUUGUUGGAUCCAAGCAAAACGAAUUUAAAGGUCCAUGAGGAUAAAGCGAGAGGAGUUUAUAUAGCUGAUUUAACCGAAAAAUAUGUAGGCAGCAUGGAAGAAGUGUAUGACUUAAUGGCCUUUGGGACUAGUAAUAGAGAAGUUGGGUAUACACAUAUGAAUGCUGGAAGCUCCAGAUCGCACUCACUAUUUUGUUUGACGUUAAAUAUGACAAAUAAAAAAGAUUUAUCAUCAAAGACUGGAAAAUUAUAUUUGGUGGAUCUAGCUGGAAGUGAAAAAGUUGGAAAAACUGGAGCUGAAGGCAAAAGACUUGAAGAAGCCAAAAAUAUUAAUAAAUCUUUAACAAGCUUAGGGCAGGUUAUCACGGCACUUACAGAUGGGAAAUCCACACAUGUCCCAUAUAGAGACUCUAAGCUGACAAGAGUCUUGCAAGAUUCUUUAGGAGGAAACUCGAAGACUGCUUUAAUUAUAACUUGUUCACCCUCUCCUUAUAAUGAAGCUGAAACUAUUAGCACCCUCAGGUUUGGAAUUCGUGCAAAAUCUAUAAAAAACAAGCCAAGAGUCAAUAGAGAAUAUACAGUUGCUGAGCUAAAACUUAUGCUUGAUAAAGCAAAAGAAGAAAUGGUAAUUAAAGAUAAGCGUAUUUUGCAGCUAGAAGGCAGUCUAAAAACUCUUGGUGCAGCAAUACCUCCAUCAGCCUCAGGAAAAGAUCAGCCACCAGAGGCAGCAGAAGAAGAGCAAAAAAAUGAAUCAAGCUCUGAAGAAGAGGAAAAAAAAGAGCCAGAAAUUCAAUACAUAGAAAACAAAGAAAUGAUCCAAGAGCUUGAAGACACAAAACUCCGGCUCUCGGAAGAAGUUGAAAACUCAUUAAAACUGAAAGCAGAAAUUCUGAAAAAAGAUGAAGAAAUUGAAGACUUAAAAGAGCAAAAUGAAAACUUAAAUGAAGAAGUCCAGAGUUUUGAGGCAAGAUAUAAGCUACUUGAAGACACUUUAACAAUAAAAGAGGAAAGAAUUGACGCACUUACCGAUAUGAAUGCAUCAUUAGAAUCAGAAAUCGAAGCACUCAAUGAUAAAGUGCUUAAACUCUCCCAAAAAAUUUCAGAAAAAACAACUGAAAAUGAACAGUUGAUAAGACAAAGCACGCUAGAAAGGCAAGUAUCGUCUGAAGACGAAUUUUCCAAAUUAAAAGCAGAACUGGAAGAGGAAAGAGGCAAAACUCAAUGGGAAAAGGAAAAAAACCAAGCUUUGACCAAUGAGCUAAAAUUAGUUCAGAGAAGGCUAGAUGAAACUAUUUCAGUAGGCCUUCCAAAGAUGGACAAACUUCGCAAUGAAAUUAUUGAAGAAGUGACAUUAAAAGAAAGAGAACGAUGGAAUGCAGAAAAAAGAACCAUAAUGAAAGAUCUUCAGACAAGGGUUAAGCAAGUAAUUGAUUUAGAAAUCCAGCUAGACGAGCUCAGAGAAGUCAAUAGGAACAUUGAAAGCAAUUUGUCAAUAGGAGAAAAGGAGCUUAAGAAGAAGACUGAUACUUUAGAAAGAAACCUUGAACAAUUAACCUUGAUGUAUCAUCAAUUAGUCAGUGAAAAAUCGAAGAUGAGUGUUGAAAGCAAAAUUACUGAGAAGAAGAUAGCAAGAAUAACUGAUAAAAAUAAAAAACUGGAGGAGUCCUUGGCUAUUGAAAAGGCUAAGCUUGCUGAAGCAUUAAAUCAGGUCCAAACAAUGAGCAAUGAAAUGAAUGAUAGAUCUCAUAGAUAUUCAAUAUCUAUUGGAAAUAUCAGAAAGACAAUUCAAGGAGGGGGAGGGAAAGUCGCCUCCAGGCAAACUGUAAUGCAUCCUUUAAUGAUGCCAAUCCAAGAAGAAAGAGCUUUGAAAGGCUAG